AUGUGGCAGCGUAGUGUUAGAGGCGUGGCGGCGAGAAAUUUGCGGUUUUUUGGCGGCGGUGGUGGGAUGCCGUUGACGAGGAGCUCUGUGCUGCCCAAUGGGCUCACGGUGGCGAGCGAGAGGAUCCCGGGGAUGGCGACAGCGACGGUGGGAAUCUUUGUGGACACAGGGUCGCGGGCCGAGAACGAGAAGAACAACGGGACGGCGCACUUCUUGGAGCACCUGGCGUUCAAGGGCACGCAGCAGCGGUCGCAGACGGGGAUCGAGCUGGAGAUAGAGAACGCAGGGUCGCAUCUGAACGCGUACACGUCGAGGGAGAACACGGUGUACUAUGCCAAGAGCCUGCAGGAGGACAUUCCGCGGGCGGUGGACAUCCUGAGCGACAUCCUGACGAGGUCGGUGCUGGACCCGCGGGCGAUCGAGCGGGAGAGGGACGUUAUCAUCCGGGAGAGCGAGGAGGUGGACAAGAUGUACGACGAGGUGGUGUUUGACCACCUGCACGAGGUGGCGUACGCGGGCCAGCCGCUGGGGAGGACGAUCCUGGGGCCGAUCAAGAACAUCAAGUCUAUCACGCGGAAGGACCUGAAGGAUUUUAUCACGAAGAACUACAAGGGCGACCGGAUGGUGCUUGCCGGUGCUGGCGCGGUGGACCACGACGAUCUCGUCAGGUUUGCGCAGCAGUAUUUUGGACACAUCCCGAGGUCCGAGUUCCCUGUGCCUCUGGGGACGCCUCGCGGGCCGCUGCCGGUGUUCAAACGGGGCGAGAGGUUCAUCCAGGAGGAUACGUUGCCCACGACACACGUCGCCGUGGCUCUUGAGGGCGUUUCGUGGUCAGCGUCCGAUUACUUCGUCGCGCUUGCGGCACAGGCCAUCGUCGGUAACUGGGACAGGGCCCUGGGCGCCGGCACAAGCUCUCCUUCUCCGCUGGCUGCAGAGGCUUCCCAGAAUGGAACGCUGGCCAAUUCGUACAUGUCCUUUUCCACUUCGUAUGCCGACUCGGGCCUGUGGGGGAUGUACAUCGUGGCAGACUCGCAGGAACACAACGUUACAAGAAUGAUCGACGCCAUCGUGAGGGAAUGGCGCAGAAUCAUGGCAGGAAACAUUUCCGAUGGUGAAGUGCACAGAGCGAAGGCACAGCUGAAAGCAGCCCUGCUCUUGAGCUUAGAUGGCUCCACCGCAAUAGUGGAGGACAUGGGCAGGCAGAUUGUCACCACUGGGAAACGCUUAUCGCCAGAAGAAGUUUUCGAAAAGGUGGAUAAGAUAACAAAGGACGAUAUUGUCAUCUGGGCGAACUACAGGCUGAAAGGUAAGCCUCUUGCCAUGGCGGCCCUCGGUAACAUGUCAACGGUCCCCGGCGCCAGCUACAUCGAGAAGCAAUUGAAUGCAUAG